AGGAGACCCGAGUCGGGGCAGCGCCCCCGGCCCCGGAAGGGAGGGAGGAAGGAAGGAGGGAGGGGUGCCGUGGCGUGAAGCCCUGGGUGUGGGCGCCGGGACGUGAGGAAGCCGGAGAUGCCGCGGCCGGACCGAGGGCGUUGACGACCCGCCGGCCGGGCAGCACCAUGCCGUUCCCGCCCCUGCCGCCGCCGCCGCCCACUCCGGCCCCGGGGGUCCCCGCCGCGCGCCCGCCGCCCCGGAAGCCGGCCGCCCCCCGCAAGGCGGCCGUGCCCGCCUGCGCCCCGCCGGGGCCCUUGCCGCCCGCCGCGGCCGCGGAGAAGAAGAGGCGGCCCCCCGAGCGACCCCCGGUGCUGCUGUCCAGCUCCUGGCCCUCCGCCAACCUGAAGAGGCCGCCGGCCCGCCGCGCCCCCGGCCCGGCCUCCCCGCACGCCCCGCCGCCGGCCGCGCCCGGCCGCCCGCGCGCUCCGGCCCCGUGCGCGCCCCGGCCGGCCGGCUCCGGCGACGGCCCCGCGGGGGCCGCCACCUCCGGGGCCGGGCCCGACGCCGCCCUGCGCUUCUCCCUGAGCCUCACGCCCGAGGCCGUGCUGGUCAUCCAGCGGCGCCACCUGGAGAAGCAGCUGCUGGCGCGGCCCCGUCGGGCGGCGCCCGCGCCCUCGGCCGACGCCGGGCGCCCGCUCGCCCCCUGCCCCCGGGCCCGGGCCGCAGGCCUCGGCCGCCGCCCGCCCCUGCCCGGCGUCCCGCUGCUGCCCGGCGGCCUGCAGGGCCCCGACCCCGGCCCGCGGCCCGCGGACCUGCGGCCGCUGCUCAAGGUGUCGCUGCUCAACGAGCGGCACAAGUACGACGACGUGGAGUACGAGGAGGAGGCCGCGGCCGCCGACGAGGGCCUGGUGCGCAAGUGCACCGAGUGGCUGCGCGGCGUGGAGUCGGCGGCCGCCGCGCGCGACCGGGCGGGGCCCCUGGACGCGCUGCCGCACCUGAGCUCGCUGUGACCGCGCCCCGGGGACACUCGGCCUCGCUGACGCCCCCGGGCCCCUCCCGGGAGCCGAGGGGCCCCCGCGGGACACGGCCCGCCUCGCCGACCCCGCGGCCCACCUGCCGCACGCCGGGGCCUGCGGGCCUGCCUUCUGCA